GGAGCAGAGUCACAGCGGAAAAUGGUACUUCCACCGUGUACCCAGGCGAUUUGCCGAGUCUCCUAGUAAAGCGACAAGUGCUGCUGGGUAUAGGGGUGGCACCCGAAAAGGACUCGACCUGACUCUAGGCGGACCUGUAACAUCGCCGUUUUUCAUGUCCUCGACUUCAAGUUCCAGCACAUCUAUUCUCAGGGGCGGCGCUCUCCUCCGCACGCUUCGUCGAAUAAGCGACGGCAAGAUCAUAUCUGGACCAUCCUUACUUGUAGAUGAAAUACUUCGUCUCAGUAAUGCCGCGAGUAUUCAGGAGCUUGUAACGCAGAAAUGGAAUGGUGAUAUCAGAGGGUUUCCUCCUCCAGGGAGUCCCGCUGACUCUUGUCAUACAUCACUCUACUUGCAGACGAAGGAUAAAGGAGUAUCGUCUUCGACAAAGCCUCACAUUUAUCGUUCUCCACGUAUCGGCCUUGAUCUAUCAAACCCAGAAACAACUGACUCGCGUUCACCCCUUCAUCCUCGUGUGAUGUUCUUAGCGAAACCGUAUCGGUAUUUCACGAAUCCACAUCUUCUCACUGCGAACGGCCGAGGCCAGACAUAUGUCGGCGUAUAUCGUGAAUGUCUUCAAUCUAGGAGCCUGACGGACGACGACGAAGACAUGUUGACGAAAGAACUGUGCCGAAUCUUGGGGAUAAAAGAACAGGUGGUCAAAAGGUACCUCACAGAUUACAAACUGGGAUACGAUAAAGGGUCGUUGCGAUCUUUCAUUGGGCCCGCUGGAAAAGGCGCAUCAGCGUCACUUUCAACAUAUCUCAAAAUGAUGGGUACCCUGCAAAGGGUUUAUGAUGAGGCUAUGUUACCACAGUUUACGACUACCAAAGGUGAGGAAGAAGGAAGAAGGUGAAUAGGAUAAUCCUCAAUAAAGUGAGAAGUCAAGUUAAAUCUGAGAAGGGAGGUGGUAGACAUCCAAAAUUCGUUGUCACAAGCUGUCGAAUAAGUCUAAUUAUUGCUUACUGAAUAGUCUAGCAAAUGCUAUCCGCUAAGACAU